CCUGAAGAACAACAGAUCACCCUGACGGACCCAGCAGGCCAUCCCGCCACGUACACGUACGACAAGGUUUACGGCCCGGACAUCGACCAAGAACAAGUCUACAAUGAUGCCGUUGCCCCCAUCGUGGAGCAGGUCUGCAGUGGCUUGUCCUGCUGCAUCUUUGCCUACGGCCAAACCGGUGCUGGCAAGACAUACACGAUGCGCGGCGAUCUGUCCGGAGAUCCCUCCAAGCACGGUAUUAUUCAGCGCUCCCUGGUUCACCUCUUUAACCGCCUCAACGAGCAUGAUUACUCCAACGUCGAGGUGAAAAGCUCCUUCCUUGAAAUCUACAACGAGGAGCUUGAGGAUCUCUCGGGCUCGGCCCAGCGCCUCACGCUCGUGGACCACGACUCGCGCGGCUGCGUCUGCGACGGGCUCGUCGAGGUUCCAGUCGAAGGGCUGGAGCAAGUCAUGAACCUUCUCGAGAAAGCCGAAGAGCGCUGCAAGUAUUCCGAAACCAAGAUGAACAAGUGGUCCAACCGCGCUCAUCGCAUCUUCACCCUCGUGGUCUCUUUCCUGCGCUAUGACAAGCCCGUCACAGCCACGCUCACCUUUGUUGAUCUUGCUGGUAGCGAGGAUAUCAGCAAGUCCGGUGCUACAGGCAUGACGGCACGUGAAGCCGCACACAUCAACCGCAGUUUGUUGACGCUGGGUCGCGUCAUCAACGCGCUCGCUUGCAAUGAGAAGCACAUCCCAUACCGCGACUCCAAACUUACACGCCUUUUGUCUGAGGCCCUGGGUGGUGUCUGCAAGACCAGCUUUAUUGCGUGUGUGAGCCCCUGCAGCGGCUCGACUGUGGAAUCCAAUUCGACGCUUCGCUAUGCCGAGCGCGCCAUGGAAGCCCUCAAC